GAGCAAGGCCAGGGAUCGAACCCGCAACCUUAUGGUUCUUAGAUUCAUUUCCCCUGUGCCACAAAUUAUCUUGAAAUUAAUAUUUUUGUUAUUUUUGAUUAAGAAAGCCCAUAUGAACUAAUAUAGUGAAUCACUACUCCACUUUGAGGGGAAAAUUAUGAAAAUUUUCUUUUUUGUAAGAAAAAAAAGUCACUCUUUAAAUUGUUCCUGGAAAUGCCUUGAAAUUUUAGACAUUGGUGUUAUUUUUCUAAAAUUCAUUUGUAAUUACAUUUAAAUAUUUUCAUGACCUUGGUAUCUAAAUGUCUUUCCACCCUCAUAGUAGCUUCCUUUUCGUGCGGUGUGUUUUUCUUUCACUAGCUUAAGAUAGAUUGCUUUGUAAAAUUAUGUUGAAAGUACUCAACUAAGCUCUGAAAUUAAAGUCAAAAUGCUUUGUAGAAGAGACAUGGAGUUUUUGUAGAAACAGAUUUGUAUCUUUGACUGUUGUGCCUCUUGGCAAGUCCUUUUCAUACGCUUGAACUAGUUUCUUAAUCUCUUAGAUUCCCCAAUAACCUAAUCUGUAUAAGAAGGGCAAAUAACAUGUAGGUUCUCAGGGAGAUGGACUAAUAUAUAUAUGAAGUAUACAGACCACAGAAUCCUUCUUGGUUAACCUUAGACCUUAUACUCCUAAGUAACACACAGAGUUCCUGGGAUACUAAAGCAGGCUUGGCUUUCAUCCGCAGUGACUGAUAUCUUCUGUCCAUUCAUUCUUUUUUCCCUGAACAUCAUUCCUUUUACUCAUCUUGCUUCCUUAAGGCCCCUUUAUCCCAAAGCAAGUAUCUUUCAUCCAGCUAGUGCUUCGUAAGCACCGGAUAGAUAGGACAUCUCCCUAAGCCUUCUUAGCCUCUAAUUUCUUCCUCACCACAGUCACUUCUACUUCUCCACUUCUGCCCUCAACUGCUAAAAUCAAUCAGACUGAUUAUGACUGAUUCUUUUCCCGAAUGAUGCCAUUGAAAUAAUCUGUCUCACCAUUAGAGACCUUAGUCAAAUAAUUGAUUUACAUAUAAACACAUGCACACAAUGUACACUCAUACACAUCCCUUAUUUUUUGAGGAAUAGGACAGGCAGCAGGUACUGUAUUUUUUUAAAAAAACUUUUUCCAAAGCUCAGCUGAAUUAACUUAAGCUAAAGGCCUAAUUUGGCUCAUAGACCAAGAGAGGACAACAUUCCUAAACUCCAUUUGAUGUUACAGCAUUCAAUGGCAAACAGGAUUUUACAGUUUUGAGUACUGUGAUUUGUGUAUUGCUUUUGUAGCAUUGGUUAAAAUUGAGAACCAGCACUUUAACCUUUUUCAAUUUUAGUAUCGUUUACUUUACCAGUAAAUGCUUUAGAUAAAUGAAAUCAUGAAAAUCUUUCAACGUCUUAAAUUCAAAAUAGCAAUAUUGGUUAAAUUCAGGCUUGGUAGGUUCUUUCCAGAAGAGAGAAGUUUUAAUGCUGAUUUACCUUAGUAGGUGUGAAAUCAAAAUAGUAGCAGGUUUAAAAUCAAAAUAGUUCAUUUGAAUAACAAUAAGAAACCACUAUUUUUCAACCUAUUGGUCUUAAAACCGUGAAAUAUUCAGUAGCAUGGAAAAAUGACCAUGAUAUAAUUUUACAUAAAAAUUGUUACUAAAUUAUAUAAUCUAAAUUGUUUUUUAUGUUUUUUACACACACAUAAAUAAAACCUUCAAGUCACACCCCUCUCACCACUCCCAAAUAGUGACAGUGAUAUUACAGAGUGAAGGAAUUAGACAUGAUUUUAAUCUUCCCAUAUACUUUGUAGUGUUUCUCAAAUUUUCUAUUAUGUGUUAAUUAAAGUUAAAAGACCAGUCAGUAAAAUUUAUUUUCGGGGAAAAUUCUUAGUUCUUAAAUGCAAUUAUAUAAAUUAAGCUUUUUUAUAAAUCCCUUAUUUAUCUUAGUAGCAUACUUACUAAUUUUUAGGAUAUGUUGUAUUCUCACAGUUCCAUAAUACUCUGUGUCUGGUUAUCAGACACUGUAAUGCAGAGUAUAAAAGUAUCCUUAUUUUCUUACCCCAGACUGCUUUCAGCAUCCCUGCCCUUCUUUUAUGCAUUACUUCUCUCUUUCACCCAACUGUUACACUCUGCUCUUUCAUCCUCCUUCCCAAACAAGACCUUUGUAUUUAUAUCUACAUUCUUGCCUCUAUUUCUGAGUUCUCUUUUCAGCAUAUUCUAUCUAUGUGUCACUUGUAAAAAAUUCAUAGACCUAAAAAGCUAGUAUAUAAUGAAAUGGCCUUAAUUGUGAUGAUGAUUGCUAUAGGUUUAUUUGCAUUACUAACUGGCGCCAACCACAGAGGAAUUUCAGGCAUCAGGGAUAGGUCCAUGUGGAAGAUAUUUUGGGAAAGUCCACACCACAGAGACAGUUGCUUGUUCUGCAUAAAUGCCAGCUCUUUUCCAAUCGUUAUCUCCUUGGUUGUGUGUAUUAUAUGGUACAAGAUGGAAGAUGGUGCCCCAAAGCAUAUCAUCCAGAUGACAGGAUUUAAGAUGGAAGAAAAAGAAGCUCUAGGCAAAUUGCUUUUAAAACUAGAUUGCACUUUUAUUAAGAGUGAGAAAUACAAAAAUUGUACACAUCUUAUAGCUGAACGUCUGUGUAAGAGUGAGAAAUUUUUAGCAGCUUGUGCAGCAGGAAAGUGGGUACUAACUAAGGACUACAUUAUUCAUAGUGCCAAAAGUGGCAGGUGGCUUGAUGAAACAACUUAUGAAUGGGGAUAUAAGAUUGAAAAAGAUUCCCAUUAUUCACCUCAAAUGCAAUCUGCACCUAAAAGAUGGCGUGAAGAGCUAAAACGAACUGGUGCUCCAGGAGCCUUCCAUAGAUGGAAAGUUGUCCUCCUUGUUAGAACUGAUAAACGAAGUGAUUCUCUUGUAAGAGUUUUGGAGGCUGGAAAAGCAAAUGUUAUUUUACCAAAAAAUUCACCAAGUGGAAUAACUCAUGUGAUUGCCAGUAAUGCGAGAAUCAAGGCUGAACAAGGAAAAGAUAACUUCAAGGCUCCAUUUUAUCCAAUUCAGUAUCUAGGGGAUUUUCUUUUAGAGAAAGAAAUUCAGAAUGAUGAAGAUUCCCAAACCAGUUCUGUUUGGAAUAACCAUAAUAAUCAAGAAAAAAAAAAAGAUUUCAGGAAAGAUAUGGGAUUUCUUGAAAUGAAAGGUGCCUUAAAAGAAACCAUGUGCAGAGCCCAGAAAGAAACAAAAAAUCAUGAUGAAGAUGUUAAUAUUAGUUCUCUUUUGACUGAACAUCACAGAAGAGAAAAAUUCAAAAAUUCUAGUAAAUCUUUGAAGUUUGUCAAAAUGAGAAAUGCCUUAGGAAGACACACAUAUGGAAAUCAGAAGGAAACUAAGAAAAAAGAUGAAGAUAUUCAAAGAUAUACUUUGAGGAAAAAACGCAAAAAAGAGAAAGAAAGAGAUCCCAGGAAGGACAUCGAACAUAACAGAAGUACCUCAAGAAAGCACAUAUAUAGAGAUCAGAAAGAAAUGAAGAACUCUGUUUUUGCUGAUCAGACCAAAGAAUCAAAAACCAAGGAUAUCAGGACAGAUGUGAAUAUUGUUGAAGUAAAAAAUGCCUUAAGGAAACACAUAUAUAGAGCUCAGGCUAUACGAUACAGCUGCAUUAGAAUAGAUAAACAACCCGUAUACAAUGUUGAGGUUAAAAAUGCUGAAUUUCCCAGAGGUGUAUUGAAUUUAAUUGAAAGCCUCAUAGAAGGACAAUUUUUUAAAGAAGCAAUUGAGGAACUUUCCUCUUUGCAAGCACAUUAUAUCCCUCCUGUAUGCCUUCUUCAUGCUCUUCUAGAAAACAUUCUACAGGAUAACAUAGAUACAUUUUCUGGUCGAUACUUUGAUAUAUUGUCAGCUCUUCUUCACCUCCACCCUCCUUGGAAGUCCCCAGCUAUGUCAAGAUAUUACUUAGAAUUGUUUCAGUGUCCAGCUUGUAUGAAAGGGGCAUGGUCUCUAAUAGAAGUGCUUAUCAGGUCUUGCCUUUUCAAUGAAAGGUUUUGUCAUCAAAUUUCAGAAAAUAUUAUUGGCUCUAAGGUGCUCCACCUGACACUGCUCAAAUUUUUCUUCAAUUUAGUUGAAAGUGAAGUGCGACAUCUGAGUCAAAAGUUGUAUGACUGGUCAGAUUCUCAGAGUCUGAAAAUAACAGGAAAAGCGAUUCUUCUUGAAAUCUUUUGGUCAGGAAGCGAGACGUCUGGGCUUUUGACCAAACCAGUAAAUAUGCUUUUGGAGUGGACUAUAUACUCUCACAAGGAAAAAUGCAAGUCUAACGAUGUCUUCAAACAUGAACUAGCUUACUUAUUGACUGGAAUACUUGGAGCAGCAAUAGAUUAUUGGAUCUUCCUUGGUCUUAAGAUGGGGAGAAAUGUGAUGCGACACAUGUCUGAUGACUUAGGAAGUUAUGUUUCCCUUUCAUGUGAUGACUUUUCUUCGCAGGAAUUAGAGGUUUUUAUUUGUUCCUUUUCUUCCUCCUGGCUUCAAAUGUUUGUUGCAGAGGCAGUCUUUAAAAAGUUGUGUUUCCAGAGUUCUAUCAGUAUUUCUUCUGAGCCACUCUCUCUGCAGAAAAUGGUAUAUUCUUAUUUGCCAGCUUUGGGGAAAACUGGUGUGCGUGGGACUGGAAAGAUGCAGAUACCGAAGAAAAUAGGACAGCGGCCUUGCUUUGAAUCUCAGAGGGCCUUAAUAAUGCUGAAUGGUGCUAAACAGAAACAAGUUGAAGGGCCGCCGGAGUUACCAGAGCUGAAUCUUGCAAAAUGUUCCUCAUCAUUAAAAAGAUUGAAAAAGAAGUCAGAAGGAGAAUUGUCAUGUUCCAAGGAGAAUUGCCCCUCUUUAGUUACAAAGAUAAAUUUUCACAAGACUAAUUUAAAAGGAGAAACAGCCCUCCAUAGAGCUUGCAUAAAUAACCAAGUGGAGAAAUUGAUUCUUCUUCUUUCUAUGCCAGGAAUAGACAUCAAUGUUAAAGACAAUGCUGGCUGGACGCCUUUGCAUGAAGCUUGUAACUAUGGCAACACAGUGUGUGUCCAGGAAAUUUUGCAACGUUGUCCAGAGGUAGAUCUGCUCACUCAAGUGGAUGGGGUGACUCCUUUGCAUGAUGCACUGUCAAACGGACAUGUAGAAAUUGGCAAGCUGCUACUCCAGCAUGGGGGCCCAGUGCUUUUACAACAGAGGAACUCCAAGGGGGAAUUACCCUUGGAUUAUGUAUCAUCCCAAAUCAAGGAAGAGCUAUUUGCUAUUACAAAAAUAGAAGAUACCGUGGAGAACUUUCACGCACAAGCAGAGAAACAUUUUUACCACCAGCAACUUGAAUUUGGCUCAUUUUUACUUAGUAGGAUGUUACUGAAUUUUUGUUCAAUUUUUGAUUUGUCUUCAGAGUUCUUCUUAGCUUUCAAAGGACUGACUCAUCUAAAUGAGCUUCUUAUGGCUUGUCAGAAUUAUAAGGAAACCCCUAGUGCUCAUACUGACUGGUUACUGGAUCUUUAUGCUAGAAAUACAAAGACAUUGCAGAAGCUCCCAAAUAUUCUUAAGGAACUGCCUGAGAAUUUAAAAACAUGUCCUGGAGUACACACUGAGGCCUUAUUGGUGACAUUGGAAAUGAUGUGUCGGUCAGUCACAGAGUUUUCAUGAUGAUGCCAAAAAAUGUGGGUCAGCCUUCUGAACCUGCUCAGCUUGCUUUGUCAUUUAUUGUGGACUUCCUAGUUUAUUAACAAAUAAUAAUUUUAUCUAUUUAUUGACAGAAUUUGCAUCCUUGCUAAUUGAAAAGCACUUAACUUAUCCAAAACUAGUAUAGGCUUCUUUAUCCAGUGCAUAGAAUUGGACUCAAUAGUAAAAAAUAGUUUUGUUUGGUAUACGCUUUUAUUGAUCUUUUUGUUUGUUUUAAAAGUGAUAUUAUUUAUUUAUAUUGUACAUGUAAAAACUUUUAAAUAUUUUUCCAAAUCGAAAUGUAAUGUCCUCUAUUCUAGGUGUUCUGGGUCUUACAAUCAUGGCAAGAAUACUAAUGCAAAUGUGCACUUAUAAACAUGUAGCUUCCUGUUUCAUUCUCUGUAGGCUGUUGGAAUAAAGUAUGCAUUUUAGUUUUAUGUGUUUCUAAAAUAAACAUUUCACAAUUCACAGUAA